GAUAAGGAGCAGACUUUGCUGUAGAAGAAACUACAAACCCUACCUUCUCGCAUUCUGGUUUCUAGCAAAGAGUAGACACACUCUCCAUUCUCCACCAAGCUACAAUGGCUUCUCGGAGGCUGUUGUCGUCUCUGCUCCGGUCAUCCAAUCUCCGCCCGCCGGCGAGAUCCGCUCUUAGAUCUCCUUCUCCAUGUCCUUCACACAGGUCUUCUCCCAAGGGCUUCAUCCUCAAUCGCGUAAUGGAUUAUGCUACCUCCGCCGCCGCUCCGUCGCAGCCGACGCCUCCUCCACCUAACUCCACCGUUCCAUCUGGAAAGAUUACCGACGAUUUCACAGGCGCUGGAUCGAUCGGAAAGGUCUGUCAGGUAAUUGGAGCUGUCGUCGACGUCAGGUUUGACGAGGGAUUACCUCCGAUUCUAACGGCAUUGGAGGUGAUGAACCACUCGAUCAGACUGGUGCUUGAGGUUGCUCAGCAUUUGGGAGAGAAUAUGGUCAGGACUAUCGCUAUGGACGGAACUGAAGGGCUCGUCAGAGGACAAGGAGUGCUCAACACUGGCUCUCCCAUCACUGUACCUGUUGGAAGGUCCACCCUUGGUCGUAUCAUCAAUGUUAUUGGAGAACCUAUUGAUGAAAGAGGGGAUAUCAGUACUGAUCAUUAUUUGCCCAUUCAUCGAGAAGCUCCAUCAUUUGUUGAUCAAGCUACUGAACAAGAGAUUCUGGUUACUGGAAUAAAAGUUGUUGAUCUUCUUGCACCAUAUCAAAGAGGUGGAAAAAUUGGUCUUUUUGGUGGUGCUGGUGUUGGAAAAACUGUGCUCAUUAUGGAACUCAUUAACAAUGUUGCUAAGGCCCAUGGUGGUUUCUCUGUGUUUGCUGGUGUUGGCGAGCGUACUCGUGAGGGAAAUGACUUGUACAGGGAAAUGAUUGAAAGUGGUGUUAUUAAGCUUGGUGAUAAACAGGCUGAGAGCAAGUGUGCUUUGGUUUAUGGACAAAUGAAUGAGCCCCCUGGUGCUCGUGCCCGUGUUGGACUCACUGGAUUAACUGUGGCAGAGCACUUCCGAGAUGCAGAAGGGCAAGACGUGUUGCUCUUCAUUGACAACAUCUUCCGUUUCACCCAGGCCAACUCAGAGGUGUCUGCUUUGCUUGGCCGUAUUCCAUCUGCUGUGGGUUACCAACCAACUUUAGCUACCGAUCUUGGAGGUCUUCAAGAGCGUAUCACUACCACCAAGAAGGGUUCAAUUACCUCUGUCCAAGCCAUUUAUGUGCCUGCUGAUGACUUGACGGAUCCUGCCCCUGCAACCACCUUUGCUCACUUGGAUGCAACAACUGUGCUAUCACGGCAGAUAUCAGAACUUGGUAUCUAUCCGGCUGUUGAUCCUCUUGACUCAACAUCUCGUAUGCUUUCACCUCACAUACUGGGAGAGGAACACUACACUACUGCUCGUGAUGUGCAGAAGGUUCUACAAAACUACAAGAAUCUUCAAGAUAUUAUUGCUAUUCUAGGAAUGGAUGAGCUAAGUGAAGAUGACAAGUUGACAGUUGCCCGGGCUCGUAAAAUUCAAAGGUUCCUUAGCCAGCCGUUCCACGUAGCAGAAGUUUUCACAGGUGCUCCUGGUAAAUACGUGGAGCUCAAAGAGAGCAUUGCCAGUUUCCAGGGAGUGUUGGAUGGAAAAUACGACGACCUUUCUGAGCAGGCGUUUUACAUGGUUGGAGGGAUCGAGGAAGUGAUUGCAAAGGCAGAGAAGAUUGCUAAGGAAUCUGCAUAGUAAUAAUAAUAAUAAUCACAAGUUCUUUCGUCGGUUCAUUCAUUCAAUCCAACCAUCCUGAAAAUAAUCUUGAGUCAUUUCUGAGACAAGUAUAUUUUGAAUCAGAGAGUUUUGUAUUGAAUAAUAAUAUUUUCAUGUAAGUUUGCAGAGGGCAAUAUCUCAAACCCCUGCAUGUUUUAUGUUGAAAAUAAUGGGGAAGUGUAUUAUACA